UAGAAGUGUUACUACAGAGCUGCUGCUGCAGGAGGAGGAGAGGCGAGGAGCUGUUGAAAAUGAUGCCGCUCCGCUCCUCAGGGUCCAGCAGCACACUGGACAAACUGUAAUCUCUUAAACGUGCCGGUCAGUGUUGAAGGAGGAAGGUUUUUAUUGUUGCAUCUUCCUGCUCGUCUCUACUCACUCCUCAUUUCUCUGCAACUGGCAGCUGCUGGGCUCCCCCCCAUCUCUUAUUCCCACUUUCUUCUUUCCAGUGGAGGGAAUUCUCCUUUUUCACCAGGAAUUAUAAAAGACAUGUCUAUCUGGGAAUGAUGGUGUGGCCACUGGAACCGCCUUCUUUGUCGCCAUGACGAUGCCAUUCAGCCCCCUGUCCAGCGACGAGGAGCAACAAAGGAUGCUGGGAAACAGCAGACAUCUCUAUCCUGGGGCAGAAGACGAGGAGGAGGAGGAGGAAGAGGAAGAGGAGGAAAUGGAAGAGGAUGAGCGCGACGAGGAUGUCGAGGAGGAGAACGGUGAGCUGGAGGGGGAUGAGGAUGAUGAGGAGAUGGUGGAGGUCAGGCGAGGAGGCAUGCCUCGGAUUGGCAGAGGUGAGGGACACAGACAGUCCGGCAAACUGGCCGGACGACCCACUGGAGAUCGACAGAUGAGGCCAGGAAACCCGGCACACACCGCCAAUCCUUAUUCAGCCAAUCCCGGACCCACGCACCAACAAGGAUCCAAUCAGCAGCAGCAACAGAGGAGGUUGAAGGAGCGCACUGCCAACUCAGUGCCAUCUGAAGACGCCCACAUUGCCAUGAUGGUGUUUCGCAUCGGCAUCCCAGACAUAAAGCAAACGAAAUGUCUGCGGUUUAACCCCGACGCCACUGUGUGGAAGGCCAAACAGCAGGUGCUGUGCUCUCUGACCGAUUCCCUGCGAGACGUCCUAAACUACGGCCUAUUCCAGCCUGCCACAGACGGACAUGAUGCCAAGUUCUUGGAGGAGGAGAGGCCCCUCAGAGAGUACCCACAGUCCUUUGAAAAAGGGGUGCCAUAUUUGGAGUUCCGGUAUAAAACCAGGGUUUACAAACAGACCAAUCUGGAUGAGAAGCAACUGGCCAAGCUGCACACCAAGGCGAGUCUGAAGAAAUUCAUGGAUUACAUCCAAACCAGCGCUGUGGACAAGAUGGCCAAGUUCUUAGACAAGGGCCUGGAUCCGAACUAUCAGGAUCCUGACACUGGUGAGACUCCUCUGUCGCUGGCAGUGCAGUGCGAGCCAGGUGGAGGAGAGGCCAUCCGGGUCCUGGCGGACGGAGGUGCUCACAUCGACUUCCGUGCCAAAGACGGACUCACGCCGCUACACAAGGCUGUUCGAGGCCACCGCCAUACAGCCCUGCUGGUUCUGCUCUCUCUGGGUGCGUCUUCAGACUACAAGGACCGGCGGGGGCUGACACCGCUUUACCACACUGUGCUAACUGGGGGCGACACCUCCUGCUGUGAAACACUGCUCUACCACCACGCCAAACUGGGCAUCAGGGACGAGAACGGCUGGGACGAGACGCAUCAGGCCUGCCAAAAUGGGAACUCGCAGCAUCUGGAGCACCUGCUCUUCUAUGGGGCGGAUUCCUCCUCCCAGAACGCUUCUGGAAACACUGCCUUGCACAUCUGUGCUUUAUACAACAAGGAAAGCUGUGCACGAAUCCUGCUGUAUCGUGGAGCAAGCAAAGACAUGAAAAACAACAGCGGACAGACUCCGUUUCAGGUGGCCGUGAUGUCCGGCCAUUUUGAAUUGGGGGAAAUAAUUAAAAACCACCGGGAUACAGAUGUGGUUCCCUUUGUGGAGUCUCCAAAGUACGCCCCCCAGAGGAGGGAGAGCAACCGAACACUGGCGGUGCCCCAUCCUCAUCCCUUCCUUCGGGCCAACAGUGACAGCAGCAUGAACCUGCCAGACUGGAUGGCUGUGCCCAAUGCUCCGAGCACCAACAUAGUUUCUGUGCAGGGGUAUAAACAUACAGGAACACUACGAAGUUCCAGCAGUCCCAGAGGAGCGAGAACGCGAUCCCCAUCCCGAGGUAGGAUCGGAGACAAGGAGGACCGGAGCAGGCAGAGUCAGAGACGGGGGCCUCCCACUACCACCACCACCACCAUACAAACCGCAGGCCAGCGCAGACGCCUCUACAGCGCUGUCCCAGGACGAGUCUUUGUAGCAACUCGAUCACACUCUGCUCAGGGCGAGCGGGAAAUAAGCUUCAGUAAAGGAGACAGGGUCAAAGUGUUGAGUGUCGGCGAGGGUGGUUACUGGGAGGGGACGGUCAGAGGUCGCACAGGGUGGUUCCCCUCUGACUGUGUGGAGGAAGUGGUGCUUCGAAGCCAGGAUAACCGUUCAGAGAGUCGUGGAGAACGAGCCAAAAGGUUGUUUCGCCAUUACACUGUGGGAUCAUAUGACAGUUUUGAUGCUCCAAGCGACUACAUAAUCAAGGAGAAGACGGUGCUGCUGCAGAAAAAAGACAGUGAAGGAUUCGGCUUUGUGCUGAGAGGGGCCAAAGCUCAAACUCCUAUUGAAGAGUUUACUCCCACUCCAGCCUUCCCUGCCCUGCAGUAUUUGGAAUCAGUGGAUGAGGGCGGUGUGGCCUGGAGAGCCGGUCUCAGGAUGGGGGAUUUUCUCAUAGAGGUCAACGGUCAGAAUGUUGUGAAGGUUGGCCAUCGGCAGGUCGUCAAUAUGAUCCGGCAGGGCGGCAACAGCCUCAUGGUGAAGGUUGUCAUGGUAACCCGCAACCCUGACAUGGAGGAAGGCUCGAGGAAGAAGAUCCCACAGCAGAGCAAGAGGCUGAGCACUCCAGCUAUUGCUCUGCGCUCCAAAUCAAUGACUUCAGAGCUGGAGGAGAUGGUGGAGAGAGCUGCUACCCCUUGGAAAAAAAAAUCAGAGUUUGAAUCCUCACAAGUUUCAGAGAAAAAGCGGACAGUCUACCAGAUGGCUUUGAAUAAACUCGAUGAAAUUCUUGCAGCAGCUCAGCAGACAAUCAGCACCAACGAGGCGUCGGGGACACGGGGACAGGGGCCAAAGAGGGACAGGGGAAGAAGUUUCUAUGGCAAUGAGCCAAACUACGGGGAUCAGUCUGGCAUGGGGAUGAUGUCGGGACUGGGACUUGGCUACGAGCGUGGCCAGUACAGCUCGGGUCACGGCCCACAGCACGGUAUGCUGCGGCAGAAAUCUAUCGGUGUGCCUGAGGAGGAGAAGCAGCUCUUGCAUCCUCCUGCUAUGAAGUUUGCACGGAGUCUGUCAGUGCCUGGUCCAGAUGAUAUUCCUCCUCCUCCCACGACAGCUCCUCCGGAACCUCCGUUCUCCUCCGCUCCUCCACUUGGUUGGAGAACGAAGUCGUCCCAGCAGCCCUCUGUUUCUGUGUCUCAGUCAACAUCCAGCUCUACGCACUACCAGCCCUUCUCCCAGUCAGGACACCUGAGCCAGGGUGGCAGGGAGAGAGCAGGUGGUGCUACCACAGGCCACAUCACAGGCCCUGCUGGUGGAGCAACAGACCACACGACACCUUAUGUACACGCAGCUGUCCAUACAGCUCAAAGCAGGACUGCAUCGCGAAAGGUUGCCUAUAGUGGAGAGUCUGUUGGAGCUGGGAUCGGGGCCGGCACAGGGGCUAAACCAGCAGGCCUGAGAAGAGGCUACAGCACAGCCGUACCCCCGUCCAGCAUUGCUACUGUAAUGCCCCAGCAACAACAGACUACCCAGAGUCAACCCCAGCGGACAGACCGAAGUGCAGCUGGAGCAGGUGGCCCAAAAGGAGGGACCAGGAGAGGCAAAGGGCCUCUGGUAAAGCAAUCUAAGAUAGAGGAGCUGCGCCAAGGCCAGGGAAGCCUAGGUAGCAAAGACUCGGUGGAGAAAAGCUCCAUUCCCAUCCCCACCAUAAUUGUCAAGGCUCCUUCAACCAGCAGCAGUGGACGGAGCAGCCAGGGCAGCAGUGUGGAGGCUGAUGUCCCUGGGUCAGGGGAGACAGGUGAUACAAAAACACCUCACGGCCCUCCUCCGUCCACUCCUGCUCCACAGCCACCUGCUCCACCAUCCAUUCCAGCACCACCACCCCCAUCCUUGCCUUCAAUUCGAGCCCAGGAUAAUCUGGACUUUACCAGCCAGUUUGGGGCCGCCAUUGUUGGUGCGGCUCGCCGAGACAGGGAGAGAUUUCUUGAAGCCCGUCGUAAGAGUGCCUCCUUGUUCAUGUCUGCUGAGGAGGACCUGAGUCUUGGGAUGAGUGAAGCAUUAGGAGGAACAUCAAGGACUCAGGUGUCUCAGCAGCAGCUAAACACUCAGCCUGAAAGUUCGUCAACACGAUUGCGCCCUUCCAAGUCAAUUGAUGAGGGCAUGUUCUCUGCAGACACCUUUAUCCAACACACCCGGAGUAUGCCUCCAGCCUUCGGCCUACCGGAGUACGCCUCUACGGCCUUGGACUAUCAGCCCAAAUCUGUGCCUGCUGAUCUGUACACAUCAGCAGGCAGACAGCCAGCUCCCUCCAGCAACACCACUUUCAUUCAUCCUCUAACUGGGAAGGCGCUCGACCCCACAUCACCUCUGGGCCUUGCCCUGGCUGCCAGAGAGCGUGCGCUAAGGGAUGACAGCAGGUUAAGGAGGGGAACGGAGCAUCUCUUCACCCGCCAGAUGUCGAACGUGGUGUUCCCUUCGUCUGCUGUCACCACUCAGCCAGUAUCAUCCACGACGCAGUCUUCGAGCUCUUACUUGGUCACCUCCUCUUCUCUGGCAGCUACCACGCCCACAGUCGGUCGUCCACCCUCACCCAGAAUUCUCAGAGGAGUUGGGGGUACAUGGGGUGAAGAAGGUGGGGAGCGGGAGCGGGAAGGGGGAGGAGCGCGUGAGGGACUUAGAGUUCGGUUCUCUGAGGACAAAACAGUCCACACACACCACUAUCAGUCUCAGCCAUAUCAGCCGUCCUAUAAGGAGCGGGAGAGGUCGCGGGAUCGGGAGAGAGACCAUUCGAGAGAGAGGGAGAGGGACAAAGAGAGAGAAGGUUACAUGAGGAGGGCAGAGCAGGCUGCUGAGAGUUCUGCCCAGCAGCCCCGAAGACCCUCUUUUCUCAGGAUGGAAAGUCAAGCCGAUGCCUAUAUCCUGUCCCUCACACCUCCCUCUCCUCCAGCAACCCUUAAUCAACAGGCAGUGAACACUUCUGGAAGCACUGGGACAGGUUUGAUGGUUCUUCCUCCUCCUGCUCCCUCCGUUGAUGCGGACGAUGAAUUUGUCUACGCAGACCCCCUCCCACCUCCUUUAGAGUUUGCAAACAGCUUUGACAGGGGGAUAUCGGGAUACUCCCAACACAGGAUGCUUUCCAACAGCCUGAUCCAUCGGCAACAACAAGUCCGUCCGCCUCCUCCACCACCUCCUCCACCUCCUCCUCCACCUCCACCACCCCCACCACCCCCUCAAAAAGAACAUUAUAUAAGUGGCUUUCCUGCCCACACACCUCUACACUCUCCUCAAGCAGGCGACUCCACUGCAUCUAGCCUCACAUCGUAUGACAGCGAGGUGGCAAAUCUGACUCAGUCUGCUCCUUCCCCUUCCCAGACAUCACCAAAUCCACCACCCCCUUCCUCACCCUCAACCCUUCAGCUAACCAUGGGUCCUCCUCCUCCCCCUGCAGUCUCGCCUCCACCUCCUCCUGGAACCGGUUCCUACCACAGACCAUUUUCAAUGUCUCACCACCUUUACAAUAGCACUCACACAUCUGGACGAUCCUCACCAACGCCUCCCCAGCAUGCAGUCGCACCUCCCCCAGCUUACCGGGGUCACCCAACUCCCUCCUGCACUGCUGCCACUUCCGUCCCACACAGGGGCAUUGCCUCCCAUGCCACGACCGCUAGCUGUGCUUCUACAACCACCACUGCUGCCACCAAAACAAGCACCUCCACUCAGCUCCAUCAAGAGCGAACACACCACACUCAUUCAACACACUCCACCACCAUCACAGGAAGGACAAGUGAGCACCACCGUCCUCAUCUCACUGCCAAAAAAGGAGAGUCUCAGGAAACAGUUGUGGACUCUGGGAUUGAGGAGCUUGAUAGCCGCAGUAGCAGUGACCACCAUCUGGACAGCAUUUUGGGUCUAAGUGGGGCUGGUGUCCGUGGAGACAGGCUGGAUCGAGGAGAGAGAAUCGGAGCUGGAGGUACAGGGCGGAUGGGUGGGGGUACAGGGGAAACAGAACGAGGAGGAGGGGACUUUCUGGAGUCAUACAUGAGCUACCUGGACGGGCAAACCUUUGAGAUGCAGAAUGCAACGGCAGCAGCUUCCACCUACCCAAAAACCAGCAGGUUCAGAGAAGGUAGCCGCACUACUGACUCUCAUCGACAGACCAGCACCGCUCCUGCAUCCUACCACUCCCACAGGCAAAGAGAUGGGCAGGUAGAGGACGAAAUAGAGGAGGGACUGGGAGACGACGAGAGUGGUCAAGAUGGAUACGGGGUGAGGGACAUGCAGAAUUUGGGCCGUCCCACAUCACCAUACUAUGAGCGACCGCGCACUCCUGAAAUGAGGCCUCUCUGGGGUGACGGCCAGAUGAGCGGCAAUGGGGGGAGCCAGUCAGCGUUGCUUUUAGAGGGAAGGAAGAUAUACCCUCCUGCAUCUAGUAUGAAGCCAAGCAUUAUUAACGAGCUGAGCAGCAAACUGCAGCAAAGAAGUAAAGACAGCUGGAGCAGCCACAGACCACUAAGUAGACACAGAUUUUCUGAAGAUUCAGCCUCAGCUCUGAGCCCGCCCUCAGUCCGCUCCCAGUCUCCGUCUCCAAUCUCUUUAUCACAGCCAUCCUUAUCGCCGUCACCUACCCCGGCCUCCCAGUACCCAAACUGGGGACGUUCCCCAUCACCUCAGCCUCCAGCCGCUUCUCAGCCUCCACGCUCACAUUCCCCGUUGUCCCCAACAUCUUAUUCCCCUUACCCUACAUCUCCCAAGCACAGACCUGUGUACCGGACCAAAGCUCUGGAAUUCCAGUUUAUCCCCAGUCGAGAGUCCCGCAAAGCAGAAUCUCACAUUCUUCAGCGCCGACGAGCUCCGAGUCCGCUCAUCUCUCAAUCAGAGAGGCCCAAAGUGGCCCCACCCCGCCCAUCGUCACUUCCCCUUCUCCCUACUUCACCUCUGUACAGUGCCAUCUACGACCUCCGCGGUUCAAUCACCCCACCGUCACCUGGGAAUCCUCUUGGAGAUCCUUACUUCUCACCCUCUCCUCCCCUGUUCGCCCCCUCUGGGGCCCCUCCACCUCCUAACUCCACCUUAGUAGUCUCACGAUCUCUUUCUCCGACUCAUUUUCUGUCUGGGACAUCCUCUCCACCCCUGCACCCUCACCCACCACCCACCUGUCUCAGUUACCCCCACUUACCACCGCCUUCCCCCACAAAGCCUUUUGCUUCGAAGCCACUGCCCUACUGGACCAAGUACGAUGUUGCAGACUGGCUGGCGUACCUCAACCUUGGUGAGCAUAGAGAACGGUUUCUUGACAACGAGAUCGAUGGCACCCAUUUACCCUCUUUGACCAAGGAAGACUACCUGGAUCUGGGGGUGACACGGGUAGGCCAUAGAAUGAAUAUAGAGCGAGCCCUAAGGAGUGUAAUGGACAGGAUGUCCAGCAGCCCAUUUCCCAUUUCUGUUCUCUCUCCUCGGGAAGGGCAGACUGAGAGGAGGAGGGACGACGGGAGUCGGAGCUGAGGCCGCUAAGGUGGACGGGGAGGGGUUGAAGCCAGCCAGCGAGGGAGGAAGCCAUGGCUGUUGAGCGAACAGAUUUCACACAGACAGCGACUGAAAGAGGGAGUCCCAAAGAGAGGAGGAGAACAGGGUAGAAGAAGAGCUGAUGAUCCGUACCCACACCGGCUGGUGCUCCCUGAUUCACACAAAUACCCCGUACAUCCAUCCAAACACAACCAACAGCAACACAAUCCAACUAAACCUCCUCUCACCGAACAUAGUAGGGCUUCAUGGCUGCAGCCGCGAUUAUAAGGUUACAUUUAUUAAGUGGAACAUCACAAACUAGUUACACUGGAAUAAAUCGGUGUUGGGUUUCAGAGAUGAGUCCUCUAGGACGGCAGGUUGUUUUUGUUCAGGUUUAAGGCGUGAAAGGAUUCAGAGUUUGGUUUCCUGUGAGAUGUUUUAGGAACAUGUCUGCGUGUCAGAAAGGAGGAGGUUCUGUAAUGUGCACAGGAGCGAGGCUUCGUUUGUGUGUGUUUUAUUUUAUUGAGUCGUGGUAAAAAAUAACACACAGCCCGUGUUUUUAGAUGUGAGGAGAUACUGGAAGUGAUCUGGUCUUUACCAAGUUCAUAUGCACAGUCUUCUCGUCAGUUAUUGCGACAGUCCAACAUAACCUCCACCGCUGCAUGUGCUUUCUCUGUCCAAUGUCAGCAGGUCUAUCAUCACAUCAAGCUUCGUCCAUGUGUUUUAACUUCAAGUAAUCUGCCAAAUUGAAAUAAAAAUAUUAGCGUUUAUA